AUGAUACAAUUAAAAAAAUAUUUUUUCUCUUUUUUUUUUGCCUUUUCUUUUCCUUGUUUUUCUAUUUUCCUCUUCCUCUUUUCCACCUUCUCUUCCUCUUUUCCACCUUCUCUUCCUCUUUUCCUCCUUCUCUUCCUCUUUUCCUCAUUCUCUUCCUCUUUUCCUCAUUCUCUUCCUCUUUUCUUCAUUCUCUUCCUCUUUUCUAUUUUGCUCAUUCUCAUUUCCUCUUUUUCUCUUUUCUAUUUUUCUUUUCUAUUUUCCUCUUUCUCCUCUUUUUCUCUUUCUCCUCUUUUUCUCUUUCUCCUCUUUUUCUCUUUCUCCUCUUUUUCUCUUUCUCCUCUUUUUCUCUUUCUCCUCUUUUUCUCUUUCUCCUCUUUUUCUCUUUUCUAUUUUCCUUUUCCUCCUUUUCUUCCUCACUUCUCUUUUCUAUUUUCCUUUUCCUCCUUUUCUCUUUUCUAUUUUCCUUUUCCUCUUUUUCUCUUUUCUAUUUUCCUUUUCCUCUUUUUCUCUUUUCUAUUUUCCUUUUCCUCUUUUUCUCUUUCUCCUCUUUUUGUUUUCCUCUUUUUCUCUUUCCCUCUUUUUUGUUUUUUCGUUUUCUUUCUUCUCUUUUUCCUCUUUCAAUUUCAUCUCUUUUGCCCAGAACUCUCUUUCCACUCCUUGCUUCUCUCUUUCCACUCUCUUCUUAUCACUCUCUUUCCAUUCUCUGACACUCUUUCUUUCUACUCCUUGCUUCUCUCUCUUUCUUUCUACUCCUUGCUUCUCUCUCUCUUUCUUUCUACUCCUUGCUUCUCUCUCUCUUUCUUUCUACUCCUUGCUUCUCUCUCUCUUUCUUUCUACUCCUUGCUUCUCUCUCUCUUUCUUUCUACGCCUUGCUUCUCUCUCUCUUUCUUUCUACUCCUUGCUUCUCUCUCUCUUUCUUUCUACGUCUUGCUUCUCUCUCUCUUUCUUUCUGCUUCUCUCUCUCUUUCUUUCUACGCCUUGCUUCUCUCUCUUUCUUUCUCUUCUUCUCUCUCUCUUUCUUUCUACUCCUUGCUUCUCUCUCUCUCUUUCUUUCUACUUCUUUCUCUCUCUUUUCUUUCUCGUCUUCUCUCUCUCUUUCUUUCCUUGCUUCUCUCUCUCUUUCUUUCUACGCUUUGCUUCUCUCUCUCUUUCUUUCUACUCCUUGCUUCUCUCUCUCUUUCUUUCUACGCCUUGCUUCUCUCUCUCUUUCUCUCUGUUCAUUGCUUCUCUCGCUCUCUUUUCGCUCCUUGCUUCUCUCGCUCUCUUUUCGCUCCUUGCUUCUCUCACUCUCUUUCCACUAUCUGCUUCUCUCACUCUCUUUCCACUAUCUGCUUCUCUCACUCUUUCCACUAUCUGCUUCUCUCUCUCUCUUUCCACUAUCUGCUUCUCUCACUCUCUUUCCCUAUCUGCUUCUCUCUCUUUCCACUAUCUGCUUCUCUCACUCUCUUUCCACUAUCUGCUUCUCUCUCUCUUUCUAUCUGCUUCUCUUCUUUCCACUAUCUGCUUCUCUCUCUCUAUCUGCUUCUCUACUUUCCUAUCUGCUUCUCUCUCUCUUUCCACUAUCUGCUUCUCUCCUUUCUCUUCCACUAUCUCUUCUCUCUUCUCUUUCUAUCUGCUUCUCUCUACUCUCUUUCCACUAUCUGCUUCUCUCUCUCUUUCUAUCUGCUUCUUUCUCUUUCCACUAUCUGCUUCUCUCACUCUCUUUCCACUAUCUGCUUCUCACUCUCUUUCCACUAUCUGCUUCUCUGCUUCUUUCCACUAUCUGCUUCUCUCUCUCUCUUUCCACUAUCUGCUUCUCUCCUCUCUUUCACUAUCUACUUCUCUUCUCUUUCCCACUAUCUGCUUCUCUUCUCUUUCUAUCUCUUCUCUCUCUUUCCACUAUCUGCUUCUCUCCUCUCUUUCCACUAUCUGCUUCUCACUCUCUUUCCACUAUCUGCUUCUCUUCUCUUUUCCCUAUCUGCUUCUCUCCUCUCUUUCCACUAUCUCUCUUCUUUCCUCUGCUCUCCUCUCUUUCCACUAUCUGCUUCUCUCCUCUCUUUCCACUAUCUGCUUCUCUCACUCUCUUUCCACUAUCUGCUUCUCUCACUCUCUUUCCACUAUCUGCUUCUCUCACUCUCUUUCCACUAUCUGCUUCUCUCACUCUCUUUCCACUAUCUGCUUCUCUCACUCUCUUUCCACUAUCUGCUUCUCUCACUCUCUUUCCACUAUCUGCUUCUCUCACUCUCUUUCCACUUAUCUGCUUUCCACUCUCUUCUCUCACUCUCUUUCCACUAUCUGCUUCUCUCACUCUCUUUCCACUAUCUACUUCUCUCCCUGCCUGCCUCUCUCUUUCCACUAUCUACUUCUCUCCCUGCCUGCCUCUCUCUUUCCACUAUCUGCUUCUCUCCUGCCUCUCUCUCUUUCCACUAUCUACUUCUCUCCUGCCUGCCUCUCUCUUUCUGCUCCUUUCAUCUCUCUUCUCUCUAUCUUUGCACCAUCUUUCUGAUCCCUUUUUCUGAUCCCUGCUUCACUGUUUCUCUCUUUCUGCUGCCUGCUUCUCUAUUUCCACUCCCUUCUCUCUCUCAACAAUGA